UUGUAGAAUUCAACCUGCCUCCCUUCGAAGAUUGAACCCAAAAAAAGACCUAAAACCAAAACAGAACAAAUCCUCCUUCCCCUGCCUCCCAGCGACCGUGCGACGUUCCCUCCCCGGCCACUGACGGCGAGUUUUCAGCGUAGAGAACAAUCAGAAGGAGCCAAGAUCUUCGCUAAAUCCCAGCAAUGGCAGACUCCAUGGUUCAAGAAAUUUUGGAGAAGCAAGUGCUGUCGGUAGUCAAGGCGGUGGAGGACCAGCUCGACGAUGAGAUCGCGGCGCUCGACAAGCUUGACGAAGACGAUCUGGAGGUGCUGAGAGAGAGGAGAUUGCAGCAGAUGAAGAAGAUGGCCGAGAAGCGUAGGCGCUGGAUCUCUCUUGGCCACGGCGAGUACACCGAGAUCCACGCCGAGAAGGAGUUCUUCUCCGUCGUCAAAGCCAGCGACCGCGUCGUCUGCCAUUUUUAUCGCGAGAAUUGGCCUUGCAAGGUGAUGGACAAGCAUUUAGCUGAACUCGCGAAGCAGCACAUAGAGACGCGAUUUGUGAAGAUUCAAGCAGAGAAAAGCCCCUUCUUGGCUGAUAAACUCAAGAUUGUGGUUCUUCCUACUCUUGCCCUCAUAAAGAAAGCCAAAGUUGACGAUUACGUGGUUGGAUUCGAUCAGCUCGGUGGGACUGAUGAUUUCAGCACGGAUGUUUUGGAGGAGAGGCUGGCUAAAGCUCAAGUCAUCUUUUACGAGGGUGAAUCUUCUCUGCCAAAGUCUACAAACCAAACAAAGAGGAGCGUUAGACAGAGUGAAGCUAAUGACUCAUCAGACUCGGAAUGAGACCAAAAAAGCCCCCUCACUUUUUGGUUCCCAUCUGAUAUUUCAAUUGCUGCUCUGCUACUUAGUUAUAUGCAAAUGAUGGUUUUAUCGACUUCAACUUGUAGGAGAGUUGAGGGUUGUGUUGUUAUGUGUUCUUACUCCAUCUUUUGUAUGUUUUCAUGGUGAUGUCAACUUUCAAGGACGUACUAAUGGUGUCGUGACUGAGUUUGUAAAGCGGGUUUAUAAUCUAUGGUGUUUCUUAUGUUAUGCGUUAUUAUGGAUCUACGUCCUUUUUUUUGUUACCAUUGCAAGAGAAAGCAAAGAAAAUACGUCAACCUUGUAGUCCACUUCCUUUGUAAACUGGACAGGUGGUCUGCCAUGCGGCACAAGAGCCGAACCGUAGGAGGGAUUCUCCAAGAAGAUGGUUCAAAGCUUCUACUACCACUAUCUGGAAACUGAGGUACUUUACUUUCUUCAUCACUUUCUCCUUUUUGUGUCAGCUACUCCACAUUCCCCUGCACAGAACCCACCAACCAAUUUCUGCAACACCUCUCCCUUUCCAUGAAGUUGGGGCAACAACUGAACAAAGUAACAUGGCGGUGGGACGUAAAUCCCAUGGCCUACUUGUUGCCAUCUUGGUACUGCUAGUCUUUAACCAGAAAUGUCUAGCCAGCAGGAAAGCCAACUGGGAUGUGGUACCUCCAGGCUGCAUGAACUGCACAAUCUGCCCUUAUGCCUGCCACCCUCUCAACCCGCCACCGCCUCCUCCAUCACCAGUGCUGCCUUAUCCUUCAGAUGUUGGUCCACCACCACCACCAUUGAAUUGCACGACGGUACCUGUCCAGUGCUGUCAGUAUCCAACUAGUACUACUACUAUCACCCCUCCUGUUGGGUACGGAUACCAGCCUGUGGAUAAUUACUCUGCUCCUCCAGCGUCACCUGUCCGCUUCAUUUCGGUUAUGGUAUCGUUGCUCUCCAUUGUUGCUCUGCUCUAGCUUCUCAAAGCUGCUAUGUAUUCUCUAGGGGUUUUCCGUUUGUGGUGAUAUUGUAGUAGCAAUAAAGGCGUCCAUUUCAGUGGCUGGAUUCUGUAACAGGGUACCAUCCUUUUUUUGUGAAAUUCUUGUGUGUGUGUUGCAUAGUUGGGUCGGUGCGAUAUAAGAAUUGUCCAUGAUUGU